AUGACUUCGGCUCCCUCAAGCACACGAGUCCUACUUUAUACCGAACACCUACAUACCCCUUCGCCCUAUCUCUCACCCGCAUCAACCAUCGCAUCCGAUUCGAGCUUCUCUUGGCCCUCCAUGCCGCCGCAUCAGGACGCAGAUGUUCAUCGUCAGCGCAAAAAGUCGAGGAGCCCUUCAACUGCUAUGGAGCCACCGACUGUUGGGGACCUCUGCUUCAUCACAGGCAGCACGCCUGCGGAGCUCAGGUCAAAGAAGAACAUGGCCAUCAUACGUAGGAAGGCCAUGGACUCUUACUUGAAGGAUGAGAAGAAAAAGGACGACAAGUCGACGGCUUCUGCAGACCGAUCAAGGGUGAACAGCGAAGCCUCGGAUGUUUCGCGAGCAAGCCUCGGAAGCCAAGAAACCGUCAACGAACCUCAAAUUGCUAAAUCGGCCUCACGACAAAGUACCAACCGAAGAAAGCAGCUGGCUCCCACCAAGUCUCCCAUAUCGACCAGGCAAGAGCAAGAUGGUUCGAGUUCAAAGACCCAGGUAGCAAGGGUCCAGAAACCCGUCGGUUUUGUUCUUCCUCCAGCACCUAUUGUACUACCUAUGCGAACAAACGUUAGGCUUCCGUACGAUGAUUUCGAGUCACCACCCCUUUACUCUCUCGGUAAAUCCUUGGACCCUUUUAGGACAAUGUUUCAAUCAAGCCAUCCGCAAGUCUCCGUAGAGGAGCUAAAGUUUCACUGCAGCAGAUACUUUGGAACGCAGGGAUUGGGGAGAUACUGGAUACCCACCUGUCUCAAGUACCCGCACACCUUCCUCAGCACGCUGUGUCUGGCCUCUGCGCAUCAUGAUAUUGUACGUGAGCUGCCGGUAGAAAGCUUGGUGACAGCAGCGCUUCGCCAGGAAAUCAUCCUUCUUGUAGGCGGGAACUUACGCAACCCCGAUGAGAGGGUAGCCGACCACAACAUCGUCGCGGUCACCCAGCUCAUUAUUGGUGAAGUGAUCGGACGAGAAGAAGCCGGCUUGGCUUUCCAUGAAACGGGCAUCGAAACUAUGAUCAACCAACGCGGUGGGCUGAAUCAGUUGGGCAUGGACGGGCGACUAGCAUCUGCGAUUUCGUGGGUAACUUUGGCAUCUGCCAUCCUUCGGGAAGAAAAACCACGAGCAAUGUACGCCGACUACUGUACCGCGAAGUCAACGAAGGCCUAUCCCAUUACCGCCACCAUUCCAGAGUCGCCUAUCUAUUGUCCGCGCGGAAAAUUUGUAACGCUGGAACGAUCAAUGAGGUGUAAGCCACAAACACUGGAACUCCUCGGCGAUAUCCGGAUGAUGAUCGACAUCUUCCGUCACGAAACAAAGCAGAGCCGGCGAAAUUCUCAGACCCUGCUCACUUUGCAUAAAAAGAUCAUCAACGAAUACGUAUCUAUAUCUGAACUCCGCAGAACAAACGUCCUUACAACCGACGACUGGAUAUAUGAAGCAAUCCGUGUCACCGCUAUCAUUCAAGCAACGGCAAUCAUCAAACGAAUACCUCUUUCCGAAGCCCUUGCUGUAGUGGCACCACAAAAUGUCCCAUCAUUCUAUGCAUCCUCCGUCGCUUCGAGGUCUAAUGAUUCACUUGUCUCACCUUUUGACAUGCCCCACGAGACGCCGCUGACAGAAUACUCAACGAGCCCUUACAGCACAUACAGUACGAGUCUCGCCAUGCAGCAGACUGGAUUCCCUUUCAACGCGCAGCGCCCGUCAAUCUCCUCCACACAUCGAUCCUCUAAUGUAUCACGUCCUUCAUUCUCCUCGAUACCCUCCACCUCAUCAGACUCGCUCUUCUUCCCGCCGCCUCCGGCACCUACACCUAGCGGGCCCACCGCACUCCUUCGCUCCCUCAAGGAGACGCUCGAAAAGUCGAAUAUUUCAGAUUGCUGGUCAGACAUGGCAGGCGUGUUGCUUUGGAUCGGGCUCGUUAUGGGAGCAGCGAGCAGAAACAGCGAGUGCAAGCUGUCGAAGAAAUACUUCUCAGCCACAGCGAUGAGGGCAGGGAUCAUGCUCUGUUUCGAGCAUCCUGAGGCCAUCAAUGCUACAAUGCUGAGGAUGGGUGAAGUGGUUGAGGGGUUGAGCAACGAAAGUAAAGGAGAAGUUGUUCGCAAGGGAAGCGAGGGUUUGGGGAAGAAGAGGAGGGUCUAA